GGGCACAUCCACUGCGCAUGCCCACUGCGCAGCGGACGCCAUGUUGGAGCAGGAGUGGAUUCGGGGUUUGAUAUUUUCUGACGCCGUAUGUUUUUCUUAAAAAUUAUCCGCCUUCGCACAUCGCCGGUGUCCGUCAACCGAGCGCGUCGGGCGCCCUGAGCGGCAGUGGCCAUGAUGAACGCCAGUGUCGACCUGUCCCGGAGGAAUCCACAGGAGGAUUUCGAGCUGAUCCAGAGGAUAGGAAGCGGCACGUACGGAGAUGUGUACAAGGCUCGCAAUGUAAACACAGGGGAGCUGGCUGCUAUCAAAGUCAUCAAACUGGAGCCAGGGGAGGACUUUGCCGUCGUCCAGCAGGAGAUUUUGAUGAUGAAGGACUGUAAACACUCCAACAUUGUAGCAUACUUUGGCAGUUAUCUACGGAGGGACAAGUUAUGGAUCAGCAUGGAGUACUGCGGGGGAGGUUCUCUACAGGACAUCUACCAUGUAACUGGACCACUGUUAGAGUCUCAGAUAGCCUACAUGUCACGGGAGACCCUGCAGGGUUUAUACUAUCUUCACAAUAAAGGCAAAAUGCACAGAGACAUCAAGGGCGCCAACAUCCUGCUGACCGACAACGGCUAUGUGAAACUAGCCGACUUUGGUGUGUCAGCGCAGAUCACAGCCACUUUGGCCAAGAGGAAGUCGUUCAUUGGAACGCCAUACUGGAUGGCUCCAGAGGUGGCAGCAGUGGAGAGGAAAGGGGGUUACAACCAGCUGUGUGACAUCUGGGCUGUGGGCAUCACAGCAAUAGAGCUGGCCGAACUGCAGCCGCCCAUGUUUGAACUCCAUCCCAUGAGGGCUCUUUUCUUAAUGACAAAGAGUAAUUUCCAGCCGCCAAAGUUAAAAGACAAGGCAAAGUGGACAGACAACUUUCACCAUUUUGUAAAAGUAGCCCUGACCAAGAACACAAAGAAGAGACCCACAGCGGAGAAGCUGCUACAGCACCCAUUCGUGUCUCAGCCCCUGAGCAGGACGCUGGCUAAAGAGCUGCUGGACCGAGCCAAAAACCCUGACCACAACAACUACAACGACUUUGAUGACGACGACCCCGAGCCAGAGUCUCCGGUGGCUGUCCCUCAUCGGAUCCGUUCCACCAGCAGAAGCACCAGAGAAGGAAAGACGCUCUCUGAGAUCAACUUCGGUCAGGUGAAGUUUGACCCCCCGCUGAGGAAGGAGACAGAGCCCCAUCAUGAACCGUGUGAUUCUGAGCCAUAUCUGGACUGUGUUGAGGAGCUCUACUAUACCGCGAGAUCUAAUCUGGACUUGCAGAUGGAGUAUGGCCACGAUUCUCCUUGUCUGCUUGUCGGAAACAAAAGCCUUCUCAAGUCCGUGGAGGAGGAGCUGCAGCAGAGGGGCCAUGUGGCACACUUAGGGGAUGAUGAGGAUGAGGAUGAUGAUGGUGCAGAUGAUGAUGAAACUCACACUCAUAAGAUGAACACUAUCCUGAGGCCUAAGGUCCCGCCCCCACUUCCACCUAAGCCCAAGUCCAUUAGCUCGCCGCAGCCCAAACAGGACGACAGCCAAUCGCACAGCGAGGACGACGGCGGCAGCACCAUCAAGCGCUGCCCGGCCCCUCAGACGCCCAGCCCCGCCAAGCCCGCCUCCAACGUGCCCCCGCGGCCGCCGCCCCCGAGGCUGCCGCCCCACCGCCGCUGCAGCCUAGGUAACGAGACCGCGGCGUGCGCGGAUGCGGAAAAUUCGGCCCCGGAGGACGACGGAAGCUUUAGGCAUUUCUGGGAGUGGCUCCACACGCCUCACACUGAGGAGGAGCUGGAGGAAGCGUGGGAGGUGCUGAAGGAGGUGAAAGAGGAGCAGGAAAAAGAGGAUGAGGAAGAGAGGAACGGCGUGAACGCCUCGCACAACGGCGACCGUGACAGUCCCGCCGACAGACAGUCCACCAUGCCACCUAAUGUGCCCACACGGAAAGACAAGAAGGACGUUCCGGUAAGAGGAAGCACACGUCUCACACCACCAAGUGCAUCAAAGAAGCCAAGUAGCAAUGGGCUCCCACCAACGCCCAAAGUACAUAUGGGUGCAUGUUUCUCCAAGGUGUUCAAUGGCUGCCCUCUCAAGAUCCAUUGCGCCACUUCCUGGAUCAACCCUGACACCAGAGACCAGUAUUUGAUAUUUGGAGCUGAAGAAGGAAUUUACACACUGAACCUUAACGAGCUGCAUGAAACCACAAUGGAGCAGCUCCUCCCUCGCCGGUGCACGUGGUUGUACGUCAUGAGCAAUAACCUUCUCUCGGUAUCGGGAAAAGCCUCCCAGCUGUACUCGCACAGCCUGUCGGGUCUGUUUGAGCAGGCCCGACAGUUGCAGAAGCUACCAGUAGCCAUUCCCACACACAAGCUGCCUGACAAGAUGAUACCAAGGAAGUUUGCUGUUUCCACUAAAAUUCCAGACACUAAAGGGUGCCAAAAGUGCUGUGUAGUGCGUAACCCGUACACAGGCCACAAGUACCUCUGUGGGGCCUUCCAGUCUCAUGUCAUGCUGCUGGAGUGGGUGGAAUCCAUGCAGAAGUUCAUGCUCAUCAAGACCAUCGACUUCCCUCUGCCGUGUCCACUGGAGGUGUUUGAGAUGUUGGUGGUGCCCGAGCACACCUACCCUCUCAUCUGCGUGGCGGUCAGCAAAGGGGCGGAGCUCAACCAGGUGGUCCGCUUCGACACCGUCAACCCCAACGCUACCUCUUCCUGGUUCACCGAGACGGACACGCCUCAGACGUGCGUGAUCCACGUCACGCAGCUGGAGAGAGACACCAUCCUCGUCUGUCUCGACCGGUGCAUCAAGAUCGUGAACCUCCAGGGCAGACUGAAAUCCAGCAGGAAGCUGUCGGCCGAACUCACCUUUAACUUCCAGAUCGAGUCCACAGUCUGUCUUCAGGAUAGCGUGCUGGCCUUCUGGAGGCACGGCAUGCAGGGGCGGAGCUUCAAGACCAACGAGAUCACGCAGGAGAUCUCGGACAGCACACGCAUCUUCAGACUACUGGGGUCAGACAGGGUGGUAGUGCUGGAGAGUCGACCGACGGACAACCCGACCGCCCACAGCAACCUGUACAUCCUGGCGGGCCACGAAAACAGCUACUGACACUCACGCUAACACCUCGCAUAAGGACACGCACCAGGCCGCUCCCCCUCCCUGCAAGCCCCGCCCCCUUCCUCUCCCACCGGGCGCGCGGUGAGGUCGGCGUCCCCGGGAGACGAGCGUUGCCGGAGAGGCACCGCGGUGCGUUCAAAGAAAAAAAAAAAGGAAAGCUCCGCCCCUUGCCCAGCACGGAGGCGUGUCCUCACGCUGCUCGUGGUGCACAUCUUGCACAGACCCCCCCCUCACUUUUAUUUAUUGUGGCAUGACGUUAACACCACCGCGACGAGGCUCCUCCUUUUUGAGCGGGAAAACCCCUCCCCUCAAAAAAAAGAAAAAGAAAACAAGCUUUCCCGCCUCCGCUUGGCAACAGUCGUGGCCCCAGAAGUGCUAAAGUGCUGUGUAUUUAAUGGUUGUACAUAUAAAUGUAGUAUUUUUGGACAGAUAGGAACACUAAAAGUGGUGUGGUUCCACCGUUAGACGCGUGCGUAGUUGCAAACACGCCAGGACUUGGAAGAUGGACGACACAAAACGGACGCCCACGCAUCACCCUUUCACUUCUUUCUGCCAUUUAGAAGAAAAAAAACAUUUUUAUGCAGUUUUUAAUGCUCUUUUUUUUAUUUGAACCACUGGUGUUAAACAUUUGCACAGAGAAAAAAAGGUAUGAGUGUUUGUGUUAUAAUUGUGCAGCAUCAACUCUCAGCACUAGUCGAGGAAAAUGUUUCAUCUUGCCUUUUUUUUUCCUUUUAUUUAAAAUGUCGUUUUUUUUUAUCUUUGGAUGUGUCACUCCUUGUCAAACCUUUCUUUUCCUGACAUGUUUGACCUUUCUUUCUCAGCACGCUCCUUUUUUUUUUUUACAACAGUUACGCACUGUAAACAAUCUGUUGAUUUUGCGAUAGAAAACUUAGCUUUUACAGUAAACAUGUACAUGCUUUUUAAACCCAAUUAGUGCAAAUUGGAAAACUACACCAUUUAAAAACAAAAAAACAAUUGUAACAGUGAAUUACAGUAAGUAGUAAAACGUUACCACUUUGAUUUUUACUGUAGAAUUCUGGUGAUUGGGCUGCAGGGUUUUUGUUUUUUUUUUAAAUCUGCCUUUUUUUCUUUUACAGUGCAGCAAAUUCCAUAUGUUUUAACUCUUCUUCGAAGGUAAUGGGUACAAAGACUCCAAUUUUUCAAGAAAAUUUCCCGGGGAAAAAAAUGCCUUUUUUUCCAGGACAGUUUUCCUUAUUCUCCCGGACAAUUUCACGUAUUUACCAGGAACAUUCUCAUUAUUUUUCAGGAAUAUUUCCUUUAUUUUGCAGGUAAUUUCACCUUAUUUUCCCAAAAUAUUCUCAUAUAUUCCCGGGAAAAUUCCGUUAUUUUUCCAAAAUAUUCCCAGGAAAAUUCUCUUAUUUCCACAAAAUAAUCUCCGCAGGAUUCCCCUCGUUUACCUAUUUUCCUAGAAUUUUUGUCCUGGAAAUUCCCUUGUUUCCCCCAAAAAUUCCCUUACUUUCUCGGAAAUUGCCCUAAUUUCCAAAGGCAAAUGUUGACAGAUUUGCACUGAACAAGUCACACUCAUGAACAAUAAUGGUAAAUAGAACUAUUUUAACAAAAAUAGUCCAAAACACAAAUAUAUUUUGUUGUUUUAAAGGGCUGAUAGUUGUUGUUUUUUAACAAUGGUGCAAGCUGUGAUGAACUCAAACACUAAUGGAACUUCCACAAAAAAAAAAAUAUUACAAAAACUGACAUCCUUCAGUGGAAAGCACAUAUAGAAAAUAUUAUUUAGAUUUGUACAGUGGGUGAUAUUCUAAAUACCAUAUUUCCUCAUUUAGUGGCUGGGAGCAUUUUGUUUUUUCUCUCUCUCCCCCGUGUGUUUGUUAAGACGACAAAAAGCUGAGUAACAGAAAGGCACUGAAUGUUAGGCGGGCUGUAAUGUCGCCCUCCUGUGGUGCAGUUGAGUAACGACAAGUUGACAGGUUUCAAAAGCAAAGUUUUAGACGAAAGGGGGUAAAAUAAUCAUGUUUUUAUGCCAGUGACGUCACACUUUGAGUUCAUAUCCGUCUCUUGCUACUUUGCAUGAUGCAUUUGUUUGUCGCUCAGCUUAGUUUUUGUCAUGUUUUUAUUAGCAUGAUUUUUUUUUGGUCAUGUUUCCAUUUUUCCUGCUUAUUUUCUGUUGGAAGAAAAUACAACGUUGGCCUUAAUGUUUUUUUAUUUAGUUAAAUUGAACACCACCCUUUACUCCCCACCUUAACACAAGCUCACACUAAUUGUCGCACGUACACAGGUGUGUUCUUCAUGAUGCAAUGCGCACGUUAUGACAUGUACAUAGUGUAAAGAAUUCAAAAAGUUGGGUUUGUUUUACAUACUGUAUAAUUGCCUAUAUUUUGUUGCGGAAGUGUAACAGAUUUAUGAGAAGUUAACACAUUAAAAAGAAGGACGUUGACGCACA